AUGCGGAUACUUCAUCUCAAUUUUCUAUUCUACACCGUCUCUGGUGUGUGGCGGCCGAUAGAAUGGUCGUCCAACUGCUCCAAGCUGCUGUACAGCUUGUUCACCGUCAUGACGAUCUACUUGCUGAACUUCGCGAUGCUGACUCAGCUGAUGGAUAUCAUUCUGGUUAUCGAUAACAUGGACGACUUCGCCACGACGAACAUACUGUUUUUCUCGAGCGCGUUAUGUAAAGCCAUCACCGCCGUGAUUCGCCGCGAUCAAAUCGUCAACUUGACAAACAUACUGCAAGGGGAACCUUGCAAAGCCUGCAACGAAGAGGAGACAGCCAUUCAGACGAGAUACGAUCGUUUAAUCAGAUCAUGUUCCAUAGGUUACAUAGUCCUGGCGUCGUUGUCCGCCACAGGCGCCACGGUAGGAGAGGUGUUCGCUGUUUUGCAGGGCGAGUUACCUCACAGAGGUUGGGUGCCCUACGACUACAACUCGCCCUUUUUGUUCUUACUCACGUCUCUUCAGGAGAUGUUAAGUCUGAUCCUCGGCACGACCGUGAACAUCGCCACGGAAACGCUGGUGUUGGGAUUUUGCCUGCAAACGUGCGCGCAACUUGAAAUCCUGACGCAUCGCCUCCACGAGAUGACACGGUCGAGAGGGUCGAAGGAAGCUAGCAAAAGCCUGUCGAACAAGGCGAGUCAAUUAGCGAGACACAUUCAUCAUCAUCUGUGUAUAAUUAGAUUCGCCAAAAUGGUCAACGAGGUGUUCAGUGAAGUGGUCUUUGUUCAGUUCUUCGGUAGUAUAUUGAUAUUGUGUUCGACCGUGUAUUACCUGUCUUCUCAUGUAACGCUCGAGGACUUCGCAAACCUGGCCGUCUAUACAAUCUGCAUGUUUGUGCAGAUUUUGUUCUACUGCUGGGCAGGAAACGAAGUUAUACUUAAGAGUACAGGAUUGAGCGAGGCGGUGUAUCAUACCGAUUGGAUGUUGUUGACGAUCAGUGAGCGGAAAGACCUGCUGAUGAUCAUGAAACGUAGCACAAGACCUAUCCAAUUUAACAGCAGUUUCCUGGUAACGUUGUCCUUGGAGUCUUAUGGCAAUAUCCUCAAGACGUCUUACUCCGCGUUCAACGUUUUACAACAGUCAUGA